AUGAAUACUUAUAAGCUAAUCACUGUUGAUUUUAAAUGUAGAGAUUUAGCAAACGUUAUGGCUUGUUCUCACAAUCAAAUACACAUAAUUGAGAAUUUUAUUGAAGUUACUGUCCAUGAAUUUUUACAAAAUUUAGGAUUUGGAUUUAGUGGAUUUUAAAUGUAACUUUGGAUAAACCAUAGGACAGGACAAUAUUAUGGAAAAAUAUAUAAAGUAGCAAAAAAAAUUUACGGAAGUAUAACAAUAGUUUUCUUAAAAAAUGUACUUUUAACUGCUAGGAAACAUUAUAAUGCUAGUGAUGUAAUUACGGAUGCUUAAUUAUCAGUUCAUACUAUUGCUUUAUUAAGAGAUACUGGUUAUUUUGCUGAAGUAAAUGAAAAUAUGGUGGGGUAAAGGAAAAGGAUGCUAUAGUAAACAAUAAUUUAAUGA